AUGAAAUGGACUUUGAAAACCCUUGCCGUAGAUGAAGAUGAAUUUGGUUUGAAAAUGUCAAAUAAGAGAAGAUUAGAAAGUACACCGAUUAUAUGUUCUUCUUCAGUUGGAGAAUCAUCGAGUAGUACAGUUAGAAGAUCACCUUUGUCAAACAUCACCAAUGCAUUACUUGCCGCACAUAGAAGGAAAAUGCGCAAGCUUUAUCUCGAUGGUAGGCGGAAAACUUUAAAUAAACAAAAUAAUGUUCCGCGUGGUAGAGGCUCAUCUAAAGUUGUUAAAAGAUCCAACUUCAUCAACCAAGAGAAUUAUAAUCCUAAUAUUCCUUCAUCAUCUAAUACUUUCCACACACUUCAUAGUGUGAAAUCUUUAACCACAACAACACCCUUAAGUGGUCUAACAAACGGUACUCUUAAUUUGGAUAACCAAUUAACCCCUACUUCUACCAGUUAUCCAUCUUCUGUGCUUUCAAACAUUGUUACACAAAAUAGCAACUCUAUUCAAGCUUCUUCGUUGACAAAGCUUAAAUCUGGUAAACAAAAGAUUUUACCUAAAAAACGCGUUAUCGAACCUAUUCCAAUGGUAGAUCUUACUUCUGAUGAUGAGAAUGCAGAGUUACAUUGCAUUCAAGACCCUUUUAAAGGUUUAUCCAAAGAGUACUUGGAUCAUGGUAAUCAAAGCCUUAAAUGUGAGAUGUGUGACUCAUUAUUAUGGUCUGAUGAAGGUGGAAAAGGGAGAAUUACAUUUGGUAAAUUAACUUAUUACUUAUGUUGUGGUUAUGGAAAAGUGGAGCUUCCAGAUUUGAAAGAGCCUCCUUCAAUAUACAAGGAUCUAUUUGUAAAUUGUGGUUUGGUACCUGCACCUGGAAAAGAUCCAAAGUUUUCUCAGCUUUAUAUUUAUGAUACUGAUAAUGAAGUUUCAAACCGAAAAAGGUUGUUCAGUGAUUCUACGAAUAAGUCGGAUGGGCAUUUAAAGCAUAUAGAUAUUCAUCUAAUUAAGUUUAUAAAAGACUUCUUGGAUCGUAAUAAUGAGUUGGUUAAAAGUUAUAGAAUGGAAAGAAACCAUUUCAAUGACAAUCCUAAUGAAAACUUCAAGCUUCGUCUCAUUUACAAAAGAGAUCUUGAUGGUCGUACUUACAAUUUGCCCUCAACUUCAGAAGUUGCUGCAUUGAUUGUUGGUGAUCUCGAACGAAUAAUUGAUCAUCGUGAUAUUGUUGUUGAGUCGCACACUGACGGUCUUCAACGUAUUAGUGAACUUCAUCCAUCGUAUUUAGCUCUUCAGUAUCCAAUCCUUUUUCCCAAUGGUGAUGACGGAUAUAGAAUAGACAUUCCACAUAGGGACGGUGUACGAACCUUAAAAAAAAUUCGUCCCAAAUGUACAAUGAGAGAAUUCUUUGCUUAUAGAAUUCAGGAUCGAUCAACUUCUUUUUCUCUAAUUUUAAAUGCUCGGAGACUGUUCCAACAAUUUUUAGUAGAUGCAUACACCAUGAUUGAGAGUGAAAGGCUUAAUUAUAUCCGAUUUCAGCAGAAACAUCUUAGGUCUGAAACAUAUGAAAAUCUCCAAAAGUUGAACAAUCAAGGAACAAAUGAUUUAUCUAAUACCGGUAUACGGGUAGUCUUACCAUCAUCUUUUACCGGUGGUUCUCGGUAUAUGCAGCAAAACUAUCUUGAUGCUAUGGCUAUAUGUAAAUGGUUUGGAUAUCCGGAUUUUUUUAUUACGGUUACAUGUAAUCCGAAGUGGCCAGAGAUUAAACGAUAUCUUCGAGAUACUUCAAUCAACCCUGAGGAUAGACCAGACAUUUUGUGUCGAUUUAAGAUAAAGCUAGAUUCAAUUACAAAGGAUCUGAAGGACAAAAAUAUAUUUGGAGAACUAAGCGCAGCCGUUUAUACUGUCGAAUUUCAAAAACGUGGAUUGCCUCAUGCUCACAUUUGCAUUUUCUUGAAACCGGAAUCCAAACUUCUGUCCAUUGAUCAUUUAGACAAAUUUGUUUCUGCUGAGAUACCGGAUAAAAUUGAAGAUCCUAGCCUCUAUGCCCUUGUAUCCGAAUUUAUGAUUCAUGGUCCAUUUGGGAAUGCAAAUCCAAAUUGUCCUUGUAUGGUUGAUAGUAGAUGCUCAAAGAAUUAUCCAAAAAAAUUCAACCCGGAAACAACCACAGAUGCUGAUGGUUUCCCUGUAUAUAGAAGAAGAGACAAUGGUAAGACUAUUAUAAAGUCUAAAGUUCAAUUAGACAACAGAAGUGUUGUUCCUUAUAGUCCCGUUCUUUUAAAAAGAUACCAGGCACACAUUAAUGUUGAAUGGUGCAAUCAAGCUGGUUCUAUCAAAUAUCUGUUUAAGUACAUUAAUAAAGGUGCAGACAGAGCUUCGCUUGUCGUGUCAAACAGAGAUGGUAUAGAAAAUGAAGAAAAGGCAAAGGAUGAGAUCAAAGCCUAUUAUGAUUGUAGGUAUGUUUCCGCCUGUGAAGCUUCAUGGAGGAUAUUUGCAAAUGAAGUUCACUACAGGUUUCCUCCAGUUAUGAGACUUCCUUUUCAUCUUGAAGGUCAACAAAAUGUUGUGUUUGGAGCUGAAGACGAUAUAGAGGUUGUUUUGGAAAAGCCAUCAGUCUCGUCUUCGAUUUUUCUAAAGUGGUUUGAGAUGAACAUAAACGACGAAGAAGCCCGCAAACUUACUUAUGUUGAGUUUCCUACUAAAUUCUGUUGGAAAUUAAAAGAGAGAAUAUGGGCACCACGUAAAAGAAAACUGUUACAGCUCGGACGCAUUCAUUCGGUGUCCCCCUGCACUGGAGAUGCGUGUUACGCUAUGGGUUUGUUGGAUGAUGACAUGGAAUAUAUUGAAGCUAUCAAAGAAGCCAGUUUUGUGGAAGAUGGUCGUUCUACUCGUGCACUAUUUGUUACUUUGCUUUUGUCAAACACUUUAUCAAGACCCGAAUAUGUAUUUGAACAAACAUGGAAAUACUUGGGUGAUGACAUUUUAUAUAACAGAAGAAAAGCUACAAAAAACAAAGAACUUGUAAUGUCGGAUGAGAGAUUGAAGAAUCAAACAUUGGUGGAGAUUGAAAAAUACUUGAUCAGAAACGGUUCGUCAUUGAAACGAUGGUCAACAAUUCCUUAUCCUGAUUAUGAUUCAUUUGCUGUUGGAAACAAUCGCUUGGUUGACGAAGAACUAUCUUUCGAUAUUCCUCAUAUGCAUAGCGAGUUAGUUACUCUAAAAUCUUCUCUAACUGAUGAACAACUCUCCGUUUAUAAUCAAAUAAUGGCAGCCGUUGAAGGUGAUAAAGGAGGUGUAUUUUUUGUUUACGGCUAUGGAGGCACAGGUAAGACAUUUUUGUGGAGGACGUUAGCCUUAUCGGUUAGGUCUAGAGAGCAGAUUGUUCUAAAUGUUGCUUCCAGUGGUAUUGCUUCCUUACUAAUGUCUAGAGGUAGAACAGCCCAUUCUAGAUUUCACAUUCCCAUAAAUUUAGAUGAGAGUUCUAUGUGUCACAUACGGCCUGAUGGUGAUGUAGCUUACUUACUUAAACAUACUAGGUUGAUAAUAUGGGAUGAAGCACCUAUGGUACACAGACAUGCUGUCGAAGCUUUAGAUAGAACAUUUAAAGAUGUGUUGAUCGACAAAAGCAAUAUUAAUUCGGAUUGUUUGUUUGGAGGUAAAGUAAUCGUCUUUGGUGGUGACUUUAGACAGAUUCUUCCAGUAAUUCCAAACGGAAGUAGGCAACAAAUUGUCAACGCUUCGUUGAGUUCAUCUUAUAUAUGGUCCUAA